AAAAUUUUCGCGCUUAGUUGCAAAGAUGUUGUUUAUCGUGCUUCUAUUAGCUUUUUUUAUUCAAGUUGGUGUUGCUGAUGAAGAUGAUCAAACUAUGGCCUUGAAUUACCUCAACCAAUAUGGGUACAUAUCACGUACGCGAAGUGGAAACCAUGAUGUACCCACCGCCAUCAGAAGUUUUCAGGAGUACUUUGGCCUUCCAGCCAGUGGUAAACUCGAUGACUCGACAGUCAGACUCAUGAAGAAACCGCGCUGCGGAAUGCCUGAUCCAACUGAAGAAUCUCGAAAGCGAAGAUAUGUCACCAGAAGCAAAUGGCACAAGACUGAGUUAACGUAUUACGUGCAACCUGGCCUGGACCUACCAGCUAAACAACAAAAAGAAAUAUUUGCGAAGGCGUUGCAGUACUGGGCCGACGUUUCCAAGUUAUCAUUCAAAGCAGUUGAAAGUCCCAGUGAAGCUGACAUCAAAAUAAGCUUUGGAAGGUACAGCCAAAAUGGUACAGUUGGCGAGAAUAUGUGCCCUUAUCCGUUCAGAGGCCCCGGAGGUGUGUUGGCGCAUGCUUAUUACCCUCGAGAUGGUAGAGCCCAUUUUGACGAGGAUGAAAGCUACACACACGACACGGAAUAUGGCGUUAAUCUUCUGUGGGUGGCGACGCACGAGUUUGGGCAUUCCCUUGGCCUUGACCACACAAAUGUCAACGGUGCGAUAAUGUAUCCCUUCUACACAGGCUACGUACCAGAUAUGAAGCUUCAUUCAGACGACAUUGCCGGGAUACGAUAUCUGUACGGUUCAAACGAUGGGACUGAUACUGGUGGUGGCGGCCAGACCCCUGCUCCACCUUCGAACUGCGAUGACAGGUUGGCCUCAUCUUGCGAACCGUAUGUCGAUGCUGGUUAUUGCGACGCGUAUCCUGCCAAUAUGGAGUACUGGUGCGCAAAAUCGUGUUCUAAAUGUCCGUAAAAUGCAUAGGCAGUGAAAUCAGAAAGUUUUCCGAUACUCCAAGCCUUCCUUUGUCAUUGUGCCAAAAGUAACUUAGCAAUGAACUAAGAAAUAAAGGCUGAGAUCGU